CAGCAGAUCACCCACCUGUGCCCAGCAGUGCACCCACCUGUGCCACUCUGCAGUGUCACACACCUGUGCCCAGAAGUGCCCACCUACCUGUGCCCACCCACCUGUGCCCACCAGUGCCACCCACCUGUGUCCACCCACCAGUACUGCCCACCAGUGUUACCCACCAGUGCAGCCCAGCAGUGCUGCCAGUCAGUGCCACCAGUCAUCAGUGCCGUCUAUCAGUACCCAUCAUCAGUGUCACCUAUCAGUGCCGCCUAUCAGUGCUGCAUAUUAGUGCCGCCUAUCCGUGACACCUCAUUAGUGCUGCCUAUCAGUGCCCUUUAGUGCUGCCUAUCAGUGC